AAAGCCCUUUUAACUUCCAAAAGUAAUUGGCGGAAAAAAAAAAUAGAAAAAGAGAGGUUUGAAGCGAAGCAGGUGAGGUUUGAGUUUGAAGGCUAACCCAUUAGAAUGACAUCGUUCUAUUUCGCUACGCCAUAUUAUUCCUCUCUGCACUGCUCUUCGAUCCUUCAUUCUGAACAGAGCUUCAACCAAGCAAUCACUUCCGUCCUUUUCAAUCGGAAUCUCUUCCCGAUUUCUGCAAAGAAAUUUAGAAUCUCUUCAUGCCGGCGCAGGUUUCACGCCGACUCUGUUCGCUCAUGCGCUGAAACUGAAGAAUCUCGAACUCGGAUUUCGGCUGAAAGUAAUGAAGUUCCGAGUAAUGGAAGCACGCUUUCUACAAGUUUUCUAUCUUAUCUCUGCCCCUUGCUCAAGCUUUUCGCUGGAGGAGAUCCUUCGAGAGAGAGGAAUUUUACUUUGGAGGUAGCCACAUCUUCCUUAUCUUCAUUGGCAAGGCUUCCAUGGGGCUCUAGAACAUUGUCAGAUAAUUCUCACAGCAAUAGGAAUAUUGAUUUGGAAUCUCUGUUGCCUUUGCAACUCUAUGAAUUUGAGGCAUGCCCUUUUUGCAGGAGGGUUCGAGAAGCCUUGACUGAACUGGAUCUUUCAGUGGAGGUUUAUCCUUGUCCUAAGGGUUCCAUUAGACACCGGGACAUAGUUAAGAAAUAUGGUGGCAAAGAGCAGUUUCCUUUUCUUAUUGACCCAAAUACCAGUACUUCACUGUAUGAAAGUGGUGAUAUCGUGAGAUACCUCUUUUAUCAGUAUGGAAAUGGUAGAAGCCCCUCAACAGGGCUUUUAGAAAGUACAUUGUUUUCGGGGUGGAUGCCAACAAUUCUUAGGGCUGGCAGAGGAAUGACAUUGUGGGGAAAGGCCUCAACAGACCCUCCGCCAGAAAAGCUCAAACUUUUCUCAUACGAAAACAAUCCGUAUGCUCGAAUUGUGCGCGAAGCAUUAUGUGAGUUGGAGCUUCCUUACAUCCUGCAUAACGUGGGAAAAGGAUCUCCAAGGACAAAAUUACUUCUUGACGUUUCUGGAUCAGAAGAGGUACCUUACCUUAUUGAUCCCAAUACUGGUAUUAAGACUGGCGACUACAGGCAGAUUUUAUCUUAUAUAUUCCAGACAUAUUCUGCAGCUACUCGAUAGAUUUGGUUUAUAUCUCAUAUAUUCCAUACAUAUUAAAUGUCUUGCUUGUAAUCUAGAUGAUCAAUCAAUGUAGUCUUUAGUAUGGGAAUUUCCAUUGAAUUUUCUUGUUGAUCUUAUGUUAGAUGAUUUAUGUGCUAUCUUUGUUUGAAUAGUUUAUACAUAAUAAUCGUUGAUUAA